AUGUCUUUGAACAUUGGAAUAAAAAUCUUUUUCAUUCUCUCUCUUUCUCUUUCAUUCUCUCUCUUUCUCUUUCAUUCUCUCUCUUUCUCUUUCAUUCUCUCUCUUCUUUCAUUCUCUCUCUUUCUCUUUCAUUCUCUCUCUUUCUUUUUCAUUCUCUUCUUUCUCUCUCUCUUUCUCUUUCAUUCUCUCUCUUUCUCUUUCAUUCUCUCUCUUUCUCUUUCAUUCUCUCUUUCUCUCUUCUUUCUCUUUCAUUCUCUCUCUUUCUUUUUCUCUCUCUUUCUCUUUCAUUCUCUCUCUUUCUCUUUCAUUCUCUCUCUUUCUCUUUCAUUCUCUCUCUUUCUCUUUCAUUCUCUCUCUUUCUCUUUCAUUCUCUCUCUUUCUCUUUCAUUCUCUCUCUUUCUCUUUCAUUCUCUCUCUUUCUCUUUCAUUCUCUCUCUUUCUUUCAUUCUCUCUCUUUCUCUUUCAUUCUGUGUCUUGCUCUUUCAUUCUCUCUCUUUCUCUCUUUCAUUCUCUCUCUUUCUCUUUCAUUCUCUCUCUUUCAUUCUCUCUCUUUCAUUCUCUCUCUUUCAUUCUCUCUCUUUCAUUCUCUCUCUUUCAUUCUCUCUCUUUCAUUCUCUUUCAUUCUCUCUCUCUCUUUCAUUCUCUCUCUUUUCUCUCUCUUUCUCUUUCAUUCUCUCUCUUUCAUUCUCUCUCUUUCUCUUUCAUUCUCUCUCUUUCUCUUUCUCUCUCUUUUCUCUUUCAUUCUCUCUCUUUCAUUCUCUCUUCUUUCAUUCUCUCUCUCUCUUCUCUCUCUCUUUCAUUCUCUCUCUCUCUCUCUCUCUCUCUUUCAUUCUCUCUCUCUUUCAUUCUCUCUUUUUCAUUCUCUCUCUCUUUCAUUCUCUCUUUCAUUUCUCUCUCUCUCUUUUCAUUCUCUCUCUUUUCAUUCUCUCUCUCUUUCAUUCUCUCUCUCUUUCUUCUCUCUCUCUUUCAUUCUCUCUCUCUUUUCAUUCUCUCUCUCUUUCAUUCUCUCUCUCUUUUCAUUCUCUCUCUCUUUCUUCUCUCUCUCUUUCAUUCUCUCUCUCUUUCAUUCUCUCUCUCUUUCAUUCUCUCUCUCUUUCAUUCUCUCUCUCUUUCAUUCUCUCUCUCUUUCAUUCUCUCUCUCUUUUCUCUCUCUCUCUUUCAUUCUCUUUCAUUCUCUCUCUCUUUCAUUCUCUCUCUCUUUCAUUCUCUCUCUCUUUCAUUCUAAUAGUUUUUAUUCACUCUUUCCCUUACAUAUUUAUUUCUCUUCUUGAAUUCUGUUUUUCUUUUUAG